AUGGCAAAGAGUAGUGUUUCUAUGAGAAAGAAGGGAAAUGUUGGUAAGAAGAGCAAGAGAAAGAACGUGAUAUCUCAAUCCGAAAAGAAGAGGAAUAAGAUAAAGAUGGAAAAGAUUAAUAAAGAAGGUAUAUUGCCAUCGGAUAUAUUACAACUGAAUAAUGAGACGAGAAAUGGUCAAUCAGAGGGCAAUAAAGAACGUGCAUUAGAAUCUCAGAAAUUACAACAGGAUAACGUUAAAGAUCGUGAAACCAUUGCAAAAAUAGAAGCUUCCAAAAAGGAAACUGAUGACAGUAUGUUAAAGCAAAUCGAAUUGAUGACAGGAUUUUCAUUAUAG